AUGUGGGCACCUGAUAUCUAUGAGGGUUCACCCACCCCGGUUACAACAUUCCUUUCUAUUGCGCCUAAAAUUUCUAUUUUUGCUAAUAUUUCACGUGUUUCUAUUUAUGGUUCCUAUGGAGCUACAUUGCAACAAAUCUUCUGUUUAUGCAGCAUUGCUUCUAUGAUUUUAGGAGCACUGGCCGCCAUGGCCCAAACGAAAGUAAAAAGACCUCUAGCUCAUAGUUCAAUUGGACAUGUAGGUUAUAUUCGUACUGGGUUCUCCUGUGGAACCAUAGAAGGAAUUCAAUCACUACUAAUUGGUAUCUUUAUUUAUGCAUUAAUGACGAUAGAUGCAUUGGCCAUAGUUUUAGCAUUACGGCAAACCCGUGUCAAAUAUAUAGCAGAUUUGGGCACUCUAGCCCCAGUGGGAGUAGUGACUAGCGUUAUAGGUUGUUGGGCGGCCGGAAGGUUGCCACGAGUCAGUCAGUUUGGGGGACCGAAGGCAGUUCUCCGUGCACCGGACACAUAG